CAACUAUGGGACAUCAAAAUCUGACUGAACUCCAAACAACAAUCAGUCCAAACAAAAUGCAGGAGAAGAGCUUUUCAAGCAUUGAAAUCUUCAAGAUAUGCAUAUUUUUUGUCACCUUAGUCGUAGGUGUCAUUGGAAAUGGACUCGUCAUCUUUGUGACCGGCUAUAAAAUGAAGACGACAGUCAACUCCAUUUGGUUUCUCAACUUGGCGAUUGCAGACUUCUUUUUCAUUUCAUUCUUGAUUUACGAAAUUGUUGUUGCCUUUGACAAGAGUACUAUAUUUAACAUCAACAAAUUUAUUCUGGCAUGUUUGAUUUUUGAUAUUGCACUAAAUUUGUUUGCAAGUGUUUUCUUUCUGACAGUUAUCAGUGUGGAUCGAUGUCUGUGCACAUGGUUUGUUGUUUGGGUUCGGAACAAACGAACUUUAGUCAAAGCCAGAAUCAUCAGUGUGUUUGUGUGGAUUUUAUCCAUCUGCUGCAGCAUCCCUGUUGGCAUUGUUCAGUAUGUACUCAACAAAGAUAAUUUCAUCAAUGUCACUAUGUCUCUGCACAAAUACCUGUUUAUUGUGGGAUUUCUAAUUCCCUUUAUAAUCAUUGCAUCUUCAUACAUAGCUAUUGGUGUGCGGGUAAAACGUCUCAAAACAGGAAAUAACCUCCGGCCUUUUCGGGUCAUCAUAUCUGUGAUUCUGGCUUUUUUCAUAUGCUGGUUUCCUUAUCAUGUUCAAAAAUUGUGUUUGAGGACUGCAUAUAAGUAUAACUGGAGUUACAGUGCUAUAAAGAAACUUAAUGCUGCAGAUCCUUUUGUAGACUGUCUGGCUUAUCUGAACAGUUGUCUGAACCCCAUUCUCUAUGUGUUUAUGUGUGAUGAGUAUAAGAAGAAACUUAAAAAGUCUCUCCUGCUGGUGUUUGAGGCGGCUUUUACUGAAGAGCAUCUGAAUUUAAAAUCAACUCCACUUCCUCACAACUCUCAAUGUCUGCAGGUACUAAGUGUACAGACAGAAGAAACAAGCAUCUGAUCCUUUGCUGGCAGCAAGAGAACAGCGCCAUUUUUAGCUUCAGUCUUUAGAUGAUUGAAGAUAUAAAUUUGUAAUUUUGGAGAUAAAUAUUUCUCAAGUUCUCCAUUCUCCAGUAUUCAGACAAACAGCAAGUCUCACUCCAAACUCUUGCCAACAGCUCAAUGUAUUGAUGAAGAGGAGAAUCAAUCUACAAAUCUCUUGCUUAGGUUAAAGUUAACUCUCUUAUUGAAUGUUUAUCAUUUGGUUUUGUUGUACACAAUCAUUAUAUUGUAACGUUAUUUGUGUAAAUGUUUUUUAAGCCAUCAUAGCUUAAAAAAAUUGUAUUUCAAGUUUAGAACAUAUUGUAAAAUUUCUUAAUUUAAAGGUAAUUUUAUGCUAAAUUGUGUCUUUAUUUUAUUGUUCAACAAACUAAGGCACAGCCGUAAACCUCUACUUUCACUAUGGUAAACACAAAUUAAAAUAUC